UGGAUUUUUCCUCAGUUCGUUUGUUGCUGCAAUUUUGGAAUUAUUUAUUGCUCCUGUAUUACCGAAAGUCGUUUAUUUCUUUCCACAGUAACAAACUUAACAAAUUAUCUAGGUUUAUUUGUUCAUUUCUUGUCAUUUUCCCGAGUUUUUGUUCCGCGGAAGAACACAACCAGGGAUGGUCUGCGGCGCACCCGCCAACCAGGCAUAGCCUAAUUCGUCACAUCACACGGGGUAUUAAAAGGCGGCAGGACAGUGCGAGUGGCACCGUCGUCAGUCUCAAAGAUCAUAAGUUUGGAAAGAAUAAGUAAAUCGGACAAAAAUGCGUGAAAUUGUUCACAUUCAAGCUGGACAAUGCGGCAACCAAAUUGGCGCUAAGUUCUGGGAAGUGAUAUCUGAUGAGCAUGGCAUCGACCCAACCGGCACAUACCACGGUGACUCUGACUUGCAGUUGGAGAGAAUCAAUGUUUACUACAAUGAAGCUACCGGAGGGAAAUAUGUACCCCGAGCUGUACUGGUCGACCUGGAGCCAGGCACCAUGGACUCUGUCCGCUCUGGUCCAUUUGGUCAGAUCUUCAGACCCGACAAUUUCAUCUUCGGACAGAGUGGAGCUGGAAACAACUGGGCCAAGGGUCACUACACCGAGGGGGCUGAGCUGGUAGACUCUGUACUGGAUGUUGUGCGGAAGGAAGCAGAGAGCUGUGAUUGCCUUCAGGGUUUCCAACUGACGCAUUCCCUUGGUGGCGGCACUGGCUCAGGCAUGGGAACACUUCUCAUCAGCAAGAUCCGUGAGGAGUACCCAGACCGCAUCAUGACCACUUUCAGUGUCGUCCCAUCUCCCAAAGUCUCAGACACUGUCGUUGAGCCAUACAACGCCACCCUCUCUGUCCACCAGCUUGUAGAAAACACAGAUGAAACCUUCUGCAUUGACAACGAGGCCCUAUACGACAUCUGUUUCCGCACCCUGAAGUUGACCACCCCAACCUACGGUGAUCUCAACCACCUUGUGUCUGCUACCAUGAGUGGUGUUACCACCUGCCUGAGGUUCCCUGGUCAACUCAAUGCCGACCUUCGCAAGCUGGCUGUCAAUAUGGUGCCUUUUCCUCGUCUCCACUUUUUCAUGCCCGGCUUUGCUCCCCUGACCAGCAGAGGCAGCCAGCAGUACCGUGCCCUGACCGUUCCCGAGCUGACCCAGCAGAUGUUCGAUGCCAAGAACAUGAUGGCUGCAUGUGACCCUCGUCAUGGCCGCUACCUGACCGUUGCAGCUAUGUUCCGUGGCCGUAUGUCCAUGAAGGAGGUUGAUGAGCAGAUGCUGAACGUGCAGAACAAGAACAGCAGCUACUUUGUGGAAUGGAUCCCCAACAACGUCAAGACCGCCGUCUGCGACAUCCCACCACGCGGUCUCAAAAUGGCUGUCACCUUCAUCGGCAACAGCACGGCCAUCCAGGAGCUGUUCAAGCGCAUCUCUGAGCAGUUCACCGCUAUGUUCAGGCGCAAGGCUUUCCUGCAUUGGUACACCGGCGAGGGUAUGGAUGAGAUGGAGUUCACUGAGGCUGAGAGCAACAUGAACGACUUGGUGUCUGAGUACCAGCAGUACCAGGAUGCAACAGCUGAGGAGGAAGGCGAGUUUGAUGAAGAAGAGGAAGAAGGCGAAAUUCAGGAGUAGAAGAACUUUUGAGAAGUGAAGAAGAAGAACCCAAAAUUAUUAUUAAAUCAACGGUAACACAAGUAAUAAUCGCGUAUUCGCUCAUACCGAAGCAUUUCACCCUGAACACCUUGUGGUCAUGUUCUACAAAGACAAAGCAUUUUAAUUCGGUUUAAAAGUUCGUCGUUACUUCCUCGUGAAGUUAAAAUCUUCCUUAUGAAGGUCCAGUGCUCUACUUAAUGUGUUUUGUGAUAUCAAGUUCUGUGUGGAAAUUCUAAACAAGUGAGAAACUUGAGUAAUGAGUGAUCAAUAAUUAAAAUCGAUUUAGAAAGCUCAAACUUAUCGUUUAAAGUAAAAAAAAAGUGCAAGACUGUACAUUCUGCUCAUAACGCGGACGUUUGCGCAGAUGCGUAUUUCAACUUAGGAUAACAUCUCAUGAUUUCAUUCUAAGCUGUUUUAUAACGCAAGUUACUUUCAUGCUUUUGAUAUAGAGUGCCAUCUUUGACCGAUUCUUGUAUCACUAAAGGUAUGAACGGUCCUCAAUAAUUAUGUCAAAGUCUGGGAAAAUUAAAUGAGAAAUAACUGUGCAAGUGUAA